AUGCAGGAUGUUAUAAAGAAGAUGGAGAUGUGGAGGACAGUGAUACAGGAUGUUAAGAAGUAUGUGGAGAUGUGGAGAACAGUGAGACACGUUUUCAUGAAGAAGAUGGAGAUGUGGAGGACAGUGGUGCAGGAUGUUAUAAAGAAGAUGGAGAUGUGGAGGACAGUGAUGCAGGAUGUUAUAAAGAAGAUGGAGAUAAAAAGCACAGUGACAAAGGCUGUUAUGAAAAAGAACAGUGAGACACGUUUUCAUGAAGAAGGUGGAGAUGUGGAGGACAGUGAGAUAGUUUGUUAUGAAUUAGGUGGAGAUGUGAAGGACAGUGAUACAGAUGUGGAGAACAGUGAGACAGGUUGCUAUGAAGAAGGUGGAGAUGUGAAGGACAGUGAUGCAGGAUGUUAUAAAGAAGAUGGAGAUGAAAAGCACAGUGACAUAGGCUGUUAUGAAAAAGGAUGUUAUGAAGUAUGUGGAGAUGUGGAGGACAGUGAGAUAGUUUGUUAUGAAGAAGGUGGAGAUGCGGAGAACAGUGAUGCAGGAUGUUAUAAAGAAGAUGGAGAUGUGGAGGACAGUGAUGCAGGAUGUUAUAAAGAUGAUGGAGAUGAAAAGCACAGUGACAUAGGCUGUUAUGAAGAAGGUGGAGAUGCGGACAGUGAGAUAGGUUGCUAUGAAAAAGGUGGAGAUGUGAAGGACAGUGAUACAGGAUGGUUAGAAGUAUGUGGAGAUGUGGAGAACAGUGAGACAGGUUGUUAUGAAGAAGAAGAAGAUGUGGAGGACAGUGAAUCAGGUUACUAUGAAGAAGGUGGAAAUGUGAAGGACAGUGAUGCAGGUUGUUAUGAAGAAAGAGGAGAUGUGAAGGACAGUGAGGCAGGUUGUUAUGAAGAAGGUAGAGAUGGGAAGGACAGCUGUAAUGAAGAGGGUGGAGAUGUGAAGGACAGUGAUGCAGGUUGUUUUGAAGAAUGUGGAGAUGUAGAGGACAGUGAGGCAGGUUGUUAUGAAGAAGGUGGAGAUGUGGGGGACAGUGAGACAGGUUGUUAUGAAGAAGGUGGAGAUGUGAAGGAGAAAGACCACCCGCGAGUGCUUCAAGGUGAUGGAGUGGUGACAGCUGAGUUCCUGUGCUAUAUUAUUCGCAAUUGCGAUUGCGUACUUUCGCUGCUGACACAGCAGCUUGCGGUUGUGAAACCAGGAGUACAUGCCUCGAUUCCUGAGAGUUUCGAGAUAUGUGAAAUCGAUGGCGAAGCCUGGGAUCCAGUUAAGCAUGUUACGUUUUAUUUACUGAAAAUGACACCGAUUACACUGCUAACCCUCUAUAUUUCCACUGUUGGAGCGCAGUAUAUGGGGUACGGUGCUUUUGGAGCAGCAGGUUAUCCAUACAGUUCCAUGUUAAUAAAUCCGUUUGGUAUGCCAUCAUACGGUCUUGGUGGUAUUUAUGGCGGUGGAUACCCGUAUAGUAUGAUGGGAUACGACGAUCCUUCGACCCUAAACGCUUAUGGCACAGGAACUGGAAUGGGUUACGGUGGUUAUGGACUGUAUGGAAUGAUUAAUGGAUUAAAUGGAUUGAACGGAAUGAACAUGAUGAAUGGAAUAAAUGGGAUGAACGGAAUCAACAGCAUGCUUGGAAUCGGGUCAACCAUAAACAAUGGCAACACGCUGAGAAACUCGAUGUCAAGGAUCGCAGAAGCCGUGUUAUGGCUUUACCAGUUCGUAAUCACUUACCAACUAGUGGCUAGAUUUCUGCGACUAUGGUAUCUAUUCUUGGCAGUGAAAGCAAACAUUGAACUUUUUUUCAGUUUGGGAGAUCCUGUUAAUGAUAACCCUUCGCUUGACACUGCGGAUAUCCCAAUAGACAACGAUGGACGUACUGCCAUUGUACUUGCACAUGUACCAUCGCUAGAGCAAAUGAUUAAGUCGUGGUACGAAAGAAUGGCGAACGAGCAACAAGAAAAAGAAAAGCGAAUGCAACGGAAAACUGAAAAGCGCGAAGCUCCACAUGAAAGAACAGAACAUGGAAAACACAAACGGCGCUGCCCACGAAGCAAAAGCGUUGAGUGUUCGAAAAACGAUUCACGGAACAAAGUGUGCGAGAACAUAACUAAAUCUCAGCCUUCUGUAGAUAAUGAAAACAUGGCUACAAGAAUUGCUGAAAGAAAAAAGCCUUCUAGUGAAUUCAAUAGUGAAUAUUCUUCAAUGUACGACGUGCCCACUGUGGGAGCAGUGGAAGAAUGCGAGCACGUAGAAUGGGAUGAUAGUCCUCCAGUACUGUAUCCCAUGAAUUCACCGCCACAUGACAGCGAAAGAGUUCUAGACCUUGGAAUUAAUAACGAAGAGUGUGCUGAAUCAGGCGGUGAAGAUUGGACGAGCCCUACUCUAUCUCAUCCUAUUUCCGUUUAUCAG